AUUCGUCGUGGGCCAGCGACGGUCACACUGAUGAAAACAAAAAACAGAGAAAUAGCGAGAAAAUACACAAUUAUACAACCCGAAACGAAAGCGAGGCGAAGGAGUCGUAGGAGGCGUGUCUAGAGCAGCGGAGGAGCAGGUGACCAUGGCCAUGUUGACCCGCCUGACGAGCAGCGGCACCACCACGGUGGCCGGAGCAGGUGCACCCGGAUCGCCGAAGGGUCUGCAGCGGUUCCAGAACUACAUUGCCGCCUUCUUGUGGCCGGGAACGCAGCGCCAGAGACGGAAGUCGACGCAAAUGAACGCCAUCGACUGCUUCACCAACGACCUGGUCACACGGAAGACCCAGAAGUGGGAGGAACUGCGCGACAGCCUGAUGAAGGGGCAAUCCUCUGGCCUUGAGAAGGAUGCCAACAGCAAUGUGGCAGCACCGGCGGAGGGCACUACCACCACCUUUAGCCAGAACGUGGGUCUCAUGUCCAAGGGCAUGAUGAGCGAUCUCAAGGCACUGCGAUCCCCCCAACUGGGACUGGACAUCCGCUCGCUGUCGCAGGCGCAGCUGGACAACCUGCUGAUGGCCACGCUGGAGAUCAAGAACAAGCUGGACUUCCUCUACCUGAUCCGGCAGUGCAUCCGCUGCAAUCUCUUGCCCUCCAACGAAGUGUUUGUCUCGUGCCUGAAGUAUCUGAGUGCCCAGCGCAAGUUGCAUCAACUGGAGGCGCUGGCGGACACGUGUCGCCAGCUUGAGCACCCCUUCUCCCAGACCUACGCGGAUUUGGCUCCCUUUCGUGCCAUUGCGCUGUGGAACAAUGGGAACGCGGACGUGGCCCUGAUGACCCUGCAUCGCGGCUAUGGUCUGAGCAUGUCCUCGGAGGAGGGCAGGAAAAUGGCGCGAACGGCUUUCCGUACCAUUUCAGAGGAGACUCUGGCCCAGAAGAGCGAAGCCGUUCUGGUCUCGCUGCUGGAGGUGGCACGCGCCAUUCACCGCGAGCACAAGGACAUCUUCGUGGUGGCCUGUGUGUGGAAGCAGUGUUUCGCCAGCGAUUGGUUCUGUGACCAGAAAUCAGCGGGCGAACUGUUCGAGCACUACAAGGAGCUGCAAGAGCUGGUGGAGCGGAGAGCCAGUCCCCUAUGCUCUUCAUUCCUGGGCCGCAACAACGUGGAUGCCGUGCAUCGUCUUAUCGAGGUGUUUCUGCAGCAUCAGCAGCGCUCAGCCUGCUCCAGCUGCCUCAGCCUGCUCUUCAACUAUCAAUACUUGCGCAAAGAUCUCCGCGCCUGCGCUGAGAUUGUGAAAUCCUGCAGCGAGUUGGAGAUGCCGCUGAACGAGCUGCAGAACGAACAGUUCCUCAGCCUGUUCCUCGACCAGAGCGAACCCUUGGACUCUUCGGGAGCGGCCAGCAAGUACAAGGCGCCCAAGUCCUUCCAGUACAAGUUCUAGUUGUCAGUUUGAGCACAAGUGUUUGCACCAUUGAGCAAUAGAAAGUAGCGAUUCUUCAAUAAAUGUUAUUUAAUGUCCACGUUCAA